AAUAUAUAUUCAACUAUUAGAAUGGGUAAGGAAAAAGCGGGCAAAAUGUUUAACAUCGGCGAUUUGGUAUUCGCAAAAGUGAAGGGCUAUCCAGCGUGGCCGGCAAAAAUAACAAAGUACCACAACAAAAAGUAUAAUGUUUACUUUUAUGGCACCGGAGAGACCGCCAAUAUAAAAAUCGAAGAUCUUUUCAUCUAUGCGGACAACAAGGAGAAGUUCGCCAAUCCCAAGAACAUGAAACGUGCUAAAUUUAGCGAUGCGAUCGAUCAAAUUGAGAGCGCGUUGCGUGGCGAGGAUUCGGCGCCAAUCGAUUUGCCAGCCAGCGCCAACGAUGAGGGCAAUGAGAGCACAAUGGAAUCGGCGCCAGAUGCAACAGCAGAAUCUGCUGCCAGCACUACGGCUACAUCAGCGGAGUCAGUAACAGCUGCGGAGGGCAGCGAGCAGCCUCAACAACCACAGCCGCUGCCAAAAGCGCGCGGAGCCGCAGCAGCUGGCGGAGGGGUGACAACUGCAACUGGCCGUAAAACGAAGGCGCCACCAAGGCAUGUGGAUGGCGACACAGAGGAUGCUAGCACUGAUACAGUGGAUACGCCACCGCCGCAAAAGAAACGUGUUCCCCCAGAAGGCAUAGCCAGCAAAAAGUCCGUAAAGAAAGCGAAGCCGACGGCUGCGGUGACGCCCAUGCAGAAGCGUGCGCGGCACUCAAAUGUCAUACAGAACAAUCUACUGAUGGUAUAUAUGCCUACGGCGAAAUGUCUGGGCAUCAAUAUGAACUAUAAAAAGCCCGCCAGCUUCGAUAGUCCGGCUGCGGAGCAAGCUUGGAUGGAAAAGUCGCGUAAGGAGGCGAUAGAGUUGAAAUUGAAAUUGGAGUCUGGACAAAUCGAUGCGGAAUCAAUGCCGGAACGUAUUAUCAUUGAGCCGGUACGCAAUGAAAUACCCAAGCAGGAGGCCGUGCGUUUCAUUGAAGAGCUCAUCGAGCAGGAGGAUGCCUUGUUUAUGGAACGUGAUUUUAUACAAUUAUCGCAGCAACUGCGGGAAUGCCUUGGACUACGACGCGCCAAUGUGGGCAGAUGUCUGGAAAUCUUGGAGCAGCUGAAGGACAUUGAAUUGAAUAAAUUGAUGCUCUUGCGAAAUCCGGAAUGUGUGGAUAUAAUGCGCCGGUUACGUCGCUAUGUUGGCAAUUUGGAAUUAUGGAAAAUGGAUAUAUCGGAUGAAUUGGAGUUCAAGGAGAAGGCGCAAAUCAUACGAAAAGUUUCUACGGGCAUAUACGAUGGGUUUAAGGCGCUCUUCAAUCCAGAAACCGAGCCGGAGGAGAACUUCUGGGUAGACUUUUGCGAAAAGGUCAAGAUCUACAAAAACUAUACGAAAAAUAUUAACGAUAAUCUGCGCGUCUCAAUGAGCGAGAAUAGCUAUCAGAAUUUGGUUAAGACCAAGGAGCAAAACGCCCCUGCAUCCACGGAGGUGGUCAAAAACUGAAAGCAUCAACUGUUUCCAGCUAACAAUUACUUAAGUUAAUUUUAAGCAUAAAAAAAAAAAAAACAAAAUUCACGCCUAAGCGAACAGCUUAAUGUGAAGCACCGAUUACUAUUCUAAACUUUCAUUAGAGCCGUUGAAAUUGAAAUUUGAAUCAAUUGAACUGGUUGCAAUUAGUUUUUUAAUUAUAAUUACAUCAUCGGGCGCUAUCUGUAACAGUAUGAACAACCACGUCUAAGAGAGCUGCAUCAGCAAUCCGCAAACAAAUUUAUAAAACACACACACACACAAUCUUUAAAUACAAUUGCAUAGAUUAUUAUGUUUAAAUACACAGCUAUGAAAAUAUGUGUAUUAAUAAAUAAACACUUGACGAUAUCUAUUUGCUGUGUCUUGUCUGGCCUAAGUGAUUGACGGAUUGACCAACGAUGUAUGAGCUCAAGCAGCGGUACAGAAGUCGAUCAUCCAUGCAAGCUGUAAAUUAUAUUUAUAUGUGUAUGUAUGUGUAUACUAUUAAAAGUGUAUAUGUGGAAGUAAACCUAAUUUCCCGAUUGAAUGAAUGAUUGAUGUCCACAAACAAAGUACACAUUGUAUUCAAGGAUAAAAUAGUUCAACUAGACAAGAGUGAAUUUAUGAAAACACCUUACUGAUUGAUUGAUUGAUGAUCAUGUAUCGUGAUUAGUGGUGUACAAAGCCAAAUAGCGGUACAGAGCAGAGCAGAGAGAUCAUGAGUUCAGGGCUAAAAUUGCAUUAAAUAGCUGUAGAUCGAGGCUCAUUUGGUGAUUAGUGGAAUGAUUGAAGAACGAUGUACAAGAACUGGCCGACAAAUACAUAAGCCAUAGGUUUUUUAAAUA